CAAAUGCGCCCUCUUUGGUCUGAAAUCGAUAAUAUCAUUUAAUUUGUCAGGAACAGCUGUUAUGGAGAUAAACAUUAAACCUGUUACUGAGUAUAGGGAUUUGUUGUUUUACCCAUUUCUUUGCUUUUUAGUUUUAAUAUUUAAGAAUAAAUUAUUUUACUGAAAUUCUAAAAUAUCUCAUAUGCCUUAUACUUUAUCAUUUGAGUGGUGUCAAUGACUAGAUUUUUAACUGAUAAUAUAAGUUGACUAAGUUAUACUAAUGCCAACAAAAAUGGUCCAACCACUACAUAUUGCUGAUUCAAUAGAAUCAUUGCUAAGAAAAGCUGAAGUUAAAAUCCCUGACUUAUCUCUUCCCGCUUGUUUGGAUAAAAUGAAAAAAUUACAUGACAGUGCAAGGAAAGCAAGCCUUGAAAAAGAUCAGGAAGAAGAAUUCAUGUUUUUACAUAGAUAUUUAAUGCUUUUGAAAAUGGCAUGUAAAUAUCCUGAAUACACAAAAUCUUCAAUAAAAUACCGCUCUGAUUUUCCUUGUGCUCAGUCCAACAUGAAGAAGUAUGAAUUGCUACGUAACAUAUUAGAAAAGAGGUAUCAAGAAAACAAAGAAAAACAUUUAAGAGAAAAUAAUAAAAUUAUUCCAGUCAAAUCUAUUAGUCCCACUCAAGAAAAAUCUUUGAAAGACCUGAAUAACACUAUUGCAGCAGGAAAAUUCAAUAAAACAUGCAUCUAUUCAGAAGGAUUAUAUAAUCUUCUCUCAACCAGACAUAAUAAGGAAUCCUACCUUCUAAUUGAUGCGAGAUCAUUACAAGAUUUCAAAGAAUCUCAUUUGAAUGAUUCCAAUAUUAUUAAUAUUCCAGAAGAAAUUAUUCAUCCAGGAAUAUCAGCGUCUAUAUUGAACUCUAAACUUGAAGGUAAUGCCAAAUUACAGUGGGAAAAACGAGGUACAUUUGAUAAACUGGUAAUCUUUGACUGGAACAGUUCUGAAGCUGGUUUGAAAAGCAAUGUGAAGUUAUACCACCUUAAAAAGGCUAUGACUGAAUGGGAUCCAGGUACACAGUAUAAAUGUUCUCCAUUAGUACUAGAAGGAGGUUAUGAAGAUAUACUUUUUAAAUACCCUCAUGUAACUUCAAAUCCAAAAGUUCAUGCUCCUUUGCCGAAUAACAUUAAUAGUCUAUUAUCACUUGACUCCUUUGAUUAUCCCAUACAAGAACUUGAACCAGAAGAAGAGAAAAAGUUGCCAGUCAAAGAACCUCAGAAGACUUCGCAACCUCAAAAAACAUUGCCAGCUAAGUCUCCUCAUGAAUUGUUAGUCGACAGAUCAACAAAACCCACUGUUAUUACUACUCCUGUCAACCAAGUUUCUGAAAUCAGCCCCGAUUCUUCAGAAAUUGUUGCUGCGGAAAGUAAUAGUGAUUCAUCCCCUCCUCUAGAAGAAGAUUCAACGUCUUCUGAAAUUAAUGAAGUAACACCAAAAGAAGAAACUGAGGAUAAACAAACCGUUGGUGAAACAAAAUCAGUUUUAGAUGAACUUCGUAAAAUUAAACCAUCAUUUGAUGUCUCAGUUCAUCCAGAUACCCGUGAAACAGUUAAUACAAUAGAAGUUGAUCCAAAAAUAAAACCAGAACAUGGUCCAAAUCAAAGACAUACAGCUGAUAAACCAGUUGUCGAAGGUACUUACAAAAUACCUCUCAAAAAAGACGAUGGACCUCCAUCUUCUAUUCUUAAAAGAUCAUCUUCCUCUCCUAAUAUUGCUAAGUUGGAUGAUGAAGGUAUUUCGAGAAUUCCAGCAUUCACACGUUCCAAUAAACCAGUUGCUUAUGCUGAGAGAGCAGAUUCAACUUAUGGAAUAACAGUUGCUGGUCUCACUGGUUUGAAAAACUUUGCGAAUAACUGUUACAUGAAUUCGAUUCUUCAGUGUCUUAGCAAUACCGAUCCUCUUGUAAAGGAAUUAAUAUCUAUUAAUAGACCUGUUGCUACCAAUCCCCAAAGCAAAACAAAGGGGCGUGUUGCUCAAGAAGUUAUAACUGCCUUCAGAAACAUGUGGUCAGGUGAUGUCCGCGUGUAUUCUAUAAAGGAUUUGAAGACAUUGCUUGGUAGCUUAAAAGAAAUUUUUAAAGGUACUGGUCACCAGGAUUCAAAUGAGUUCCUAAUAAUUUUACUUGAAUAUUUACAUGAUGAUCUGAAUAUUCCUGCUUCUGCGGAAAGUCGAUUAGAGGGUGCUAGAGAAGAUACGGGAGAAAAAGCUUGGGGUGAAUUUCGACGGAAAAAUUGUUCUAUUAUCCAAAGACUUUUCUAUGGUCAACAUAGAUCUACAGUCACUUGUUCCACAUGUCAACACCAAAGUGUUACCUUUGAACAAUUUUUUAAUCUUUUUGUGCCAAUUCCAUCCAGAGAACCUGUUAGUUUGAGUGAUUGUAUUCAGUUGUAUAUGUCAGGAGAAAAGAUCAGUGGAUGGAAAUGUCCAAAAUGUAAAGAUGAAAGGAAUGCUACUAAAAAAUUUGACAUUUCAAGGCUUCCUCCUAUCUUAGUCAUUGCUUUAAAAAGAUUUACUCAUGAAGAAGAUUCAUGGCUUCAAAAAAAAGAAAAUCUUGUUAUUUACCCCCUUGAAGAUUUGGACAUGGAAAAGUUCACUAUUAGAGGUUCGGAACAGAGGUACAAAAGAUAUAACCUUUAUGCCAUGUCUACACAUACUGGUACGUUACGUGCAGGGCACUACAAGGCGAUAUGUAGAAAUCAUGUUACGAACAAGUGGCAUAUGUUCGAUGAUCAAACUGUUGAAGCUUUACCUGCUCACAGUGUGCGUAACAAUCCAGAAGUCUACAUUCUUUUUUAUAAUGCAGUCAUUGAAAACUGUUAACAUUAUGUAUAUCCUUUUGUUUAUUAACAUCUUUUAUUUAAAUAAUGUUUGUUUUUUACAAAUGUUAUUUAUGUGCAUUUAAAAAAAAAUAAUGAAGAAGAGUCAUCACAAUAUUGUAAAUAGUACUGUCCCAUUAAUGAAACAUUCAAUCACUGAAACCGAUGCCAAAAAUUUGUAAAUUGUUUGUAUAUAUGUUGAUAUAAAUAUAUGUUGAUAAAAAAUAAAUUGAUGUAUUACUGUAGUUUGUUUUUAAUCAUGAAUUUAAUUAAUUAUAAUCAUAAUAUUCUA